AUGGUCCAGCUAGAAAAGCUCCUUUCAUGGGCACAGAGGCAGGGGGCAUGGAUUUCGCCCUCCUUGAAGGUCACUCAAUCACCCCUAGGUGGCUUGGGUCUCAUUGCCACCGGACACUUGGAGGAAGACUCGAUCGUUCUUCGGGUUCCUCAAAAUAGCACAUACGACAUCAAGAACCUCCUCCACUACACAGAACAACUCAAAAAGGGCCGCCCAGACGUCCGCAAUGUGUUCAGCUCCGUGCUACUGAUGAUUCUGAGCCCGACGGAAACUACAGUGAUUAGAGGAUACGUCUGGAGCUUUGCCAUUCUACAAAGUAUGGGUGUUGACCUCGAGCCCAUUGCGCCGUACCUAGACGUGCUACGUACCACGGAGGUGCUAGACGUGGACGAGAACCUCGAGGUUCUGGACAGCCUAGUUCAGUGGCAAAUAAUGCAAAAGCGUCGUGUUACGCUGGAGCUUUGUGAGAUGGUCAAAGCACACCCAGAGUUUGCUCCACAUCUUCUGGCAGAAACCGCCUUCCGGCUUCACCAAGCUGUGAAAUCACGGGUUCUCGAAAUCCCGCAUCCUGUCGAAGACGAAGAAUACGAGUUCACUACGCGAGUCACCCUAGUGCCGUUGCUAGACUUUGCCAACCAUGCGCAGACCAACAACGCAGUGUUUGAUGUGGACAGGACCACUGGAGACGUGGUUCUUCGGGUCACAAAACCGGUGGAUGCCGAAACCGAGGUUUGUAUUAGCUACUCUCCAUCCAAAGACAUGGGCCUGUUUUUCAGGACCUACGGGUUCAUUCCUCAGCACGGCGUCUACGAAUGGGUGCUUCCUCUGUUCAAUAGCAUCACCAACGCCGCCAAGGGCACCAGCGGUGUCGAUUACGUAAAAAUGGCCAAGUGGCUUCGAGUGAAACCUCGCCUUGUUUUCGCCCUGUCCGAAGAUUCCGUUACCGUGGACCUCACCGAAUCCCGGCUUCCACUUCUCAUGGUGCCGGGGCUUACAUACUACGCCGGAUGGAGGAACGAAAAAGCAGACAUAGAGGAGGACGAACACGACAUUGAGGAAUUGAUCUUUGAAGAAGAAAACAACCCGGUGAUUUUAUCCACCGAAACAGCCUAUGGGGUUGUCUUUGAAGAUGCCUACGUCAGUGUGCCUGAUAUUCUAGAGCAAACAUGGGAAGACUCCGAGCACGGGAUCCGCGAGUUAGUCAAGCUCACCACACCGCUCAUUGAUAUGGCUGCAAAAACUAGUAAAGAAGCUGACGUCACCACGUUGGCUGCGUCAGCCAGUCAGCAUGCCAGCACGCAAUUGAAGGGCUACUUUGCGGCAAAACAUGCUCUACUCGAUCGCCUUCUCGAGCUUUCUACGCAAGACUUUGUGUACAUGAUUGGCACGCUGACAUAG